GUGGGGCCCGGCGCUUUGGCACCAUGAACUACCAGCAGCAGCUGGCCAACUCGGCUGCCAUCCGGGCCGAGAUCCAGCGCUUCGAGUCCGUGCACCCCAACAUCUACUCCAUCUAUGAGCUGCUGGAGCGCGUGGAGGAGCCCGUGCUGCAGAGCCAGAUCCGGGAGCAUGUCAUCGCCAUCGAGGAUGCCUUCGUGAAUAGCCAAGAAUGGACAUUAAGUCGAUCUGUGCCAGAGCUGAAAGUGGGAAUCGUGGGUAAUUUGGCCAGUGGCAAGUCUGCACUGGUCCACCGGUAUCUGACUGGCACAUACGUUCAGGAGGAAUCACCUGAAGCCCCAGGAGUCAGGAGUCCAGUAGAAAAGGCUUCAAAAGGUGGGAGAUUCAAGAAGGAAAUAGUUGUGGAUGGGCAAAGCUACCUGCUGCUGAUUCGAGAUGAAGGGGGUCCUCCGGAGGCACAGUUUGCCAUGUGGGUGGAUGCUGUUAUAUUUGUCUUCAGCUUGGAGGAUGAGAUCAGCUUCCAGACAGUUUACCAUUACUACAGUCGAAUGGCCAACUAUCGGAACACGAGUGAGAUCCCCAUGGUACUAGUGGGAACCCAGGACGCGAUAAGUUCCAACAACCCACGUGUGAUUGAUGAUGCUCGAGCGCGGAAACUGUCAAAUGACCUGAAGAGAUGCACGUACUACGAGACAUGCGCGACCUACGGCCUGAACGUGGAACGCGUGUUCCAAGAUGUUGCUCAGAAGAUUGUCGCCACCAGGAAGAAGCAGCAGCUUUCCAUAGGGCCCUGCAAGUCGCUACCCAACUCCCCCAGCCACUCCUCGGUGUGCCCCGCCCAGGCCUCUGCUGUGCACAUCAGCCAGACGAGUAAUGGAGGAGGGAGCUUGAGUGACUACUCGUCCUCCGUCCCGUCCACUCCAAGCACCAGCCAGAAAGAGCUCCGAAUCGAUGUCCCUCCUACUGCCAACACUCCGACUCCCGUCCGCAAGCAGUCCAAGCGGCGAUCCAACCUAUUCACAUCUCGUAAAGGGAGCGACCCAGACAAAGAGAAAAAAAGCCUGGAAAGUCGAGCGGACAGCAUUGGAAGUGGCCGUGCAAUUCCAAUUAAGCAGAUCUGGAGAGGCAGCUGGGGUAUCGUAGCCAGCCAGCCAGCCCUGGGGCAGGAAGAGUGAAGUUCAGGACUCAGUGCUGACUUUCUAGCUGCGGGGUCCGGGUCAAGUCACCCACACCUCUCCCUGCCCGAGGCAACUCUCCCAAGAAGUGAAGUUCACUGUGUCUGAGAUCCAGACCUGGAAGGGAUUUUGAGUGACUAGCCCAAGGUCACGCAGGUAGUAAACCAUCAGAGACGGGAUUUCAGCCGAGGGGCUGUCCCCCAAACUGGCGCCCUUUCCACUUGACCACACUGUUCUUCGACAGCAUCAGCUGCUGGCUGGCAAAGUUUCCAGGCUGAUGGUUCCGUUUAAGAAU